AUUAUUUUCAAAGAAGUAACCUUUUUCGCAAAACUCCUUCCUCUACCAUUCCAACAUCGCAACCUCAUCGCUCAGCGUCUUCCAACACACCUCGAAGCGCGUUCAUCCGAUCACCUCAUCCAUCGAAUAUAAUCUCAUCACCACACUCACCCUUAUCCGAUCUUUCGCUCACGCAGAAAAGCACGAUGUCUUACGGAGGAGGAUAUGGCGGCGGUGGUCGCGGUGGCGGCGGUGGAGGCUACUCAAAUGGGUACGAUAAUUAUGGUGGCCGCAGUAACUACUCCAGUGGAUAUUCCAAUGGGUAUGACAAACCUACGGUCUUGAUAUUGCUUGUUGUGCAGUCGGUCGCUUUCCGUGGCUUUGGUUGUGUUGAGAUCGGCUGAGGCUCACCCCUAGGCUGGCCUUAUCUCCUCAUCAACCAAAGCGGCACAACUCCCUCAUUUCAUUGCUUUUCAAAGAUAAAUCUGGCUAACAUAUGUCGCGUAGUGGAGGUAACGGAUAUUCUGGAGGUGGCGGUGGAGGAUACGGCGGAGGCGGUGGAAAUGUCAACGGCUACUCAGGAGGUGGAGGAGGAGGAUACGGAGGUGGUGGUGGAUAUGGCGGCGGCGGAGCUGGAGGAGACAGAAUGUCUAACCUCGGAGCAGGCCUUCAGAAGCAGAGCUGGGGUAAGUUAAACGAGUUUGUCCUAUGUGUGUCGCGAUUGCUAACCAGAUCGAUUUGUCAGACAUCAGCGCCAUGCCAAAAUUCGAAAAAUCCUUCUACAAGGAGGACCCACUUGUCACAAACAGAGCAGAAGCCGAUGUUCAAAAAUUCAGAAAGGACCACAACAUCGCCGUCCAAGGCACUAAUGUUCCACGGCCAGUUGAGACUUUUGACGAGGCUGGUUUCCCAGCUUAUGUCAUGAGCGAAGUCAAAGCUCAAGGUUUCCCAGCACCAACUGCUAUCCAAUCGCAGGGUUGGCCCAUGGCCCUCUCUGGUCGCGAUGUUGUUGGUAUUGCUGAAACUGGUUCAGGAAAGACCUUGACCUACUGUCUCCCAGCUAUUGUCCACAUCAACGCCCAGCCACUCCUUGCCCCUGGAGAUGGGCCAAUCGUCCUCGUUUUGGCACCAACUCGUGAGUUGGCUGUUCAAAUUCAACAAGAAAUCACCAAAUUCGGAAAAUCCUCACGCAUCCGCAACACUUGUGUCUAUGGUGGUGUCCCCAAGGGUGGACAAAUCCGUGAUCUUGCCAAGGGUGUUGAGGUUUGUAUCGCUACUCCUGGUCGUCUCAUCGAUAUGCUUGAAUCAGGAAAGACCAACCUUCGUCGUGUUACUUACCUUGUUCUUGACGAGGCUGAUCGUAUGUUGGAUAUGGGUUUCGAGCCCCAAAUCCGCAAGAUCCUCGGCCAGAUUCGACCUGACAGACAGACUUGCAUGUGGUCUGCAACAUGGCCAAAGGAAGUCCGAGCCCUUGCCUCUGAUUACCUCAAUGAUUUCAUCCAGGUCAACAUUGGUUCUCUCGAACUUUCUGCUAACCAUAGAAUUACCCAAAUUGUUGAGGUUGUUUCUGAGUUUGAAAAGCGUGACAAGAUGACCAAGCACCUUGAGAAGAUCAUGGAGGAUAAGGACAACAAGAUUCUGAUUUUCACUGGUACUAAGCGUGUUGCUGACGAUAUCACACGCUUCCUCAGACAGGAUGGAUGGCCUGCGCUCUGUAAGUUCUCAAAGUCCAAAUCUUAUAUCUCCUACUAACCAACUCGUAGCUAUCCACGGUGACAAACAACAGAAUGAGCGUGAUUGGGUCUUGAACGAGUUCAAGACCGGCAAGAGCCCCAUCAUGGUUGCCACCGACGUGGCUUCCCGUGGUAUUGGUAUGAUUGAAACCCCCUUCCCCUGCACAGCAACGCCCAGACGCCUACAGUAUAGUGCUUUACUCUCAACGCUCAGGCUAUAUCUAGUUUGCGUAUAUUGCCCGGGUCCUUUCGUGUCUUUCGGUUCUCUAUUACAAGGGUGUCUUGGAUGUGGAGUGGAGCGCAUCUCGUGCUACACUUAUAAUUCCAACCCCACUAGUACUUUCCUUAGUACAAGAUGUGGAAUUGGCGUUUCUUGAUUCUUUUCAAGCCUGUCUCCAAGCCCCCCAAUACAAGAGGACCAGGAUGUGUGAAUUCCCUACCCUGGCAUUACCGCAGUGAACAGUCCAUGUCAGAUGCAGAGAGAGUAUUGGAUGCAUUUCGAUGCAGCUCUUCACUAGCCGCCCUGGAACGUUGCUAUACCAUUCUUUUUGUUCUUGCUAACCCAUCAAUAAAGAUGUCCGCAACAUUACCCAUGUGUUGAACUAUGAUUACCCAAACAAUUCCGAGGAUUAUAUCCAUCGAAUUGGUCGUACUGGUCGUGCCGGUGCCAAGGGUACUGCCAUUACUCUUUUCACAACUGACAGUGAGUACAUCCCAAAGAUAUAGUCUUCUGGCAACAUACUAACUUUUUCUCAGACAGCAAGCAGGCUCGUGAUCUAGUUUCAGUUCUUACAGAAGCAAAGCAACAGAUUGACCCUAGACUUGCUGAAAUGGCCCGCUUUGGAGGUGGUGGCGGUGGUGGCAGAUACGGCCGAGGCGGUGGCCGAGGAGGAUAUGGCGGUGGACGAGGUGGUGGUGGUGGUAAGUAAUCUCUUUUCGUUGGCUGUUUUCCAUCAACUGGUGGGAUUGACAAAGGUCGCCGCUAGGAGGUUUUUCCUCUUCUAACGUCGCCCCCCUAGGAGGUAAUCGACGUUGGUAGAGAUCCAAUCGAUCGAGUGACGCUGUCACAUUACGAUUUUACGCCAUUAUCGCUCGCGAACGCCCACACCGACUCUUCGCAAACAAGAUGUGCUCGAAUUCGACGAUGACGAGAACAACCUGCAUUUUCAUUUCCGGUUUCUAUGGCGUUGAUGGUCUGGGAGAGGGCUCAUAGGUCUCCGACACGCUUCACCCCGUCUUCGACCUUGACCCCUCGUGUAAUUUUGUCUUUUGCUUUCCUAACAAAAAGUGCAUGCGGUGUGGUUAUUAUUAAGGGGUAUUAGACACAGCUUUUCUUCGUCGAACAAUCAGCUGGGGGUGAUAGCGGCUGUCUUAAUAGUCCACUAAUCCCCUGCUCUGACGCUCAUAGACUGCUUUUCUCAUAGGUUGCUACUUGGUCUCUUUUCGCUUUUCACAUGCAAAGUUCUGCCCUUAUAUGGGGCUUCAGAUAUAGGCCAGCUCUUGCCUAUCGUGGUGGGAAGGGUUGAUGGACGAAUGGAAUACACGUCUUUUUUCUCUCGUGUUGUAGAUGGAAAACUAAACUAGCUUCGCUCUAGUAUGAUAGAUAAAUUGAAAAGAAUGAACGAUAUCCUUG